AUUUGGACAGGGCUCACUUAUCUUUCUAUGUCUUGUUGUUGAAGGAUUCAGUUGGAAAAGGGACCUGAAGUUGACAGCAGCCAUGGCAGGUGAGUCAGAGGGAAAAAAGCCCAAGCAAAAAAGUGCCACAGUCUGUGGCUAUCCAAUAAGCAUCUUUUUCAUCGUGGUCAAUGAAUUCUGCGAGCGAUUCUCCUACUAUGGCAUGCGAGCCGUGCUAGUGCUGUACUUCAAAUACUUCUUGAAGUGGGACGAUGACUUUGCCACCACCAUCUACCACACCUUUGUGGCUUUGUGCUACCUGACACCUAUCCUGGGGGCCGUUAUUGCUGAUUCAUGGCUCGGCAAGUUCAAGACUAUUGUUUACCUGUCCAUCGUUUACACGCUGGGACAGAUAGUCAUGGCUAUAAGUGCUAUCCAUGACAUCACAGAUACAAACAAGGACGGCACCCCCGACAACAUGACCUUCCAUGUAGCUCUGUCCAUGGUGGGUUUGAUCCUGAUCGCCCUGGGAACAGGAGGCAUCAAACCCUGCGUGGCUGCUUUUGGAGGAGACCAGUUUCAAGAUCAUCAGGAGAAGCAGAGAAGCACCUUCUUCUCCAUCUUCUACCUGUCCAUCAACGCUGGCAGUCUGCUGUCCACCAUCAUCACUCCCAUCCUCAGAGCUCAGGAAUGUGGCAUUCACACUCAGCAGAAGUGCUACCCACUGGCCUUUGGUGUCCCUGCUGCUCUCAUGGUGGUCGCACUGAUUGUGUUCAUUGUUGGAAGCGGCAUGUACAAUAAGACCGCCCCUCAAGGAAACAUCAUGGUGAAGGUCUGCAAAUGCAUCGGGUUUGCUAUUAAGAACCGCUUCAGGCAUCGUUCUUCUCAGUACCCCAAGAGAACCCACUGGAUGGACUGGGCUGAUGAGAAAUAUGAUAAACUCCUGAUUGCUCAGGUGAAGAUGGUGGUGAAAGUGCUUUUCCUCUACAUCCCUCUGCCCAUGUUCUGGGCUCUCUUUGACCAGCAGGGGUCAAGGUGGACCCUCCAGGCGACCACCAUGGAUGGCGACUUUGGACUUCUCACUAUUCAGCCUGAUCAGAUGCAGACUGUGAACCCAAUCUUGAUCCUGGCUUUGGUGCCAAUAAUGGACAGUAUUAUCUACCCGCUGAUUUCCAAGUGCAAAUUAAACUUCACUCCUUUAAAGAGAAUGACUGUGGGGAUGUUCCUUGCUGCUCUUGCCUUCAUCGCUGCUGCCCUCGUCCAGCUACAGAUUGACCAAACCCUGCCACAGUUCCCAUCAGGCACUGGAGUCCAGGCAAAGAUCAUCAACAUGCUGAACAGACAGCUGGAUGGCUCAGCUGGAGGACUGAAGUUUAGCUUGCAGCCUUUCACGGCCGAAGAGGAUUACAUGUCAUUUAACGGAGGAUUUGCACUGGAUCUUGGUGGCAAUGUUUACCCAGUCAUUUUAAAGUAUGAAAGUAGAAAUACCCUCGUCAUCAUUCAGAAUGGAACCAUACCCACAUAUCUAGAGUUCACAGACAUCACAGCAAAACCGGAACAGGGAGCUAAUGCUGUGAGGUUUUUCAAUGGUUAUAGCUCACCUCUGAACAUAACCACAGGGACCCUGGAAUUUGGGAACACUGUCAGAAACAGCAUGUCAACAUAUGUUAAUGUACCACAUGGAGAAGCAAAGUUCCACAUCAGGGAUAAUGCUGGAAAUCAGUGUGACUACAGUCUGACACUGGGCUUCGGGAGCUCAUACACCUUGCUCAUCCCGUCUACUUUCAAAUUUGGAACAAAUUGUGAAAAGAGCAUCAACACAGCGGUAGACAUCAAACCUAACUCCAUCCACAUGGCCUGGCAGAUUCCUCAAUAUUUCCUCAUCACUGCAGGAGAGGUGGUCUUCUCCGUCACCGGCCUGGAGUUCUCUUACUCACAGGCACCCAGCAACAUGAAGUCUGUGCUGCAGGCUGGUUGGCUGUUGACUGUUGCCGUAGGUAACAUCAUUGUGCUAAUUGUCGCUGAGGCUGCAACGCUCCCAGAUCAGUGGGCCGAGUACAUCCUCUUCGCCUCUCUGCUGCUGCUAGUUGUCUUCAUCUUUGCCUUCAUGGCCUAUUUCUACACCUACACCGACCCAGCCAAAAUAGAGGCCCAGUUUGCCCAUUUUGAUCCCAAAGACAAAGAGAAGAAGAAGAGUUUGGAGAUGGGGAGGAAGGACUCAGAUGGAAACAGCAACUCGGACAGGAAGAGCUCUUACACCAGCCACAAUGAGGAGAAAGGCGUACAGUCCAGGAUGUAAAGGGACCUUUUCUCUAAGGCUAACCCUCUUUGCUAUAUGAAUACGGCUUGGUUCUGUGUCUUAGAGUGCACCUGCAUUCAAGUUUAUUUGGUCAUUUUGUGAAGGAAGUCUGGUGCAAAGCUGGACAAAAGGGUUCAGAAUGAAUUGAUGACCUGAAGGAAAAGGUUCUGAAGUUUGAAGAACACAGAAAAAAGGGCUUCGAUGAUUAAACUCUUGAUGGACAGUGUUAGUGAAAGAUCUCUGCAGGGAUAUUUAAAACACAAGAUAAUAUAUAUAUAAAUAAAAUCCCAGGGUCCUUAUUGGUUAAUAAUUUGAGCUUUCGCUGUUGUACAUUUGUUUUUACAAUGAAUUAUUUUGCACUGUGUAGCAACUUCUCUGUGUAAUUUUUGUUUCAUAAGCGUAUGUACUGGAGUACACGUACAAAGAACACCUUUGUAUUUUCUUCCAAUCACAGUGUUGUACUUACUGUUAUAUUUUGUCACUGUUUUAUAUAAACACAUUGUUGCUAUCUGCAUCAGGUUCAAUCUAGCCUUGUAGACUGCCUGUUUAAUAAGAAAAUGUUGAAUUAUGUUUCAUAUUCAAUUUCAUUUUGAACUCAAAGAUUAUUGUCUACAUUAAAGCUACUGGUAAGGUG